CUCCCUCCCCGCGUCCCUCCUUCCCUCCUUCCCUCCCCCCCAGCCUCCUUCUUGUAAACAAAAUUGCCCCCCUGGGCAGGAGAGGUCGCGCUGGUGCUAGUUUUUUCUCUCAAAGGGUUAAUUUCUCCAAUCGCAUGAGGGGGAGGAGAUUUCCCUCUAGACGAGUAAAAGGGGUGAUGGACAAACGUGCGGGCACUAAGACCGCAAGGCAUUCAUUUCCUCCUACCGUGGAUGCAGACGCCGGGAGGAGGAGAGCCCCAGACCGAGGAGAAGAAGCGAACCGAGGCACAGGCAAUGCUCAACCCUGGAUGUAGCUGAGGAAGGCUGGGAGAGAGAACAGCCGCCUGAGACCGAGCGGCGAGGGGAAGACGCGGGGGGGUGGGUGGGAGAAGCAGACAGGCGAACCCUCGAAAUCAAGCGCUUUACAGAUUAUUUUAUUUUGUGUAGAGAACACGUAGCGACUCCGAAGAUCAGCCCCAAUGAACAUGUCAGUGUUGACUUUACAAGAAUAUGAAUUCGAAAAGCAGUUCAACGAGAAUGAAGCCAUCCAAUGGAUGCAAGAAAACUGGAAGAAAUCUUUCCUGUUUUCCGCUCUGUAUGCUGCCUUUAUAUUUGGUGGUCGGCACCUAAUGAACAAACGGGCAAAGUUUGAACUGCGGAAGCCAUUAGUACUCUGGUCUCUGACCCUUGCAGUCUUCAGUAUAUUCGGUGCUCUUCGAACUGGUGCUUAUAUGGUGUACAUUUUGAUGACCAAAGGCCUGAAGCAGUCAGUUUGUGACCAGGGUUUUUACAAUGGACCUGUCAGCAAGUUCUGGGCUUAUGCAUUUGUGCUAAGCAAAGCACCUGAAUUAGGAGAUACAAUUUUCAUUAUUCUGAGGAAGCAGAAGCUGAUCUUCCUGCACUGGUACCACCACAUCACUGUGCUUCUGUACUCUUGGUACUCCUACAAAGACAUGGUUGCCGGGGGUGGUUGGUUCAUGACUAUGAACUACGGCGUGCACGCCGUGAUGUACUCUUACUAUGCCUUGCGGGCGGCGGGCUUCCGAGUCUCCCGGAAGUUUGCCAUGUUCAUCACCUUGUCCCAGAUCACUCAGAUGGUGAUGGGCUGUGUCAUUAACUAUCUGGUCUUCUCCUGGAUGCAGCAAGACCAAUGUCAUUCUCACUUUCAGAACAUCUUCUGGUCCUCACUCAUGUACCUCAGCUACUUUGUGCUCUUCUGCCAUUUCUUCUUUGAGGCCUACAUCGGCAAAAUGAGGAAAACAAUGAAAGCUGAAUAGUGUUCGAACUGAGGAGGAAGCCGUAGCUCAGGGUCAUCAAGGAAAAAAAAAAAUAGACAAAAGAAAAUGGCACAAGGAAUCACAUAUGGUGCAGCUAAAACAAAACAAAACAUACGAGCAAACACAACACCCAAGGCAGCUUAGGGAUAAUUAGGUUGAUUUAACCCAGUAAGUUUAUGAUCCUUUUUUGGUGAGGACUCACUGAGUUCACCUCCAUCUCAAAGGACAGCUGCUGGAAGACCCCAUCCCCUCGUUAUCUGUCAACUCUAUGACAAAUGAGAACAAAAAUGAGCCAGAGGCAGAGAGAAAGAGAAACAGAAGGCAAACAAAGGCUAUUAACACGGUAUGAAAAAAAUGUAUUUACUGUUACAUCUCUCUAAGGAUGAAAGAAUUUUAUUUAAAAAACUGUGCGAGCACACACACAUACACAUAAAAUCCUUCCUAUUCUUUUUCAACACUAAACCAGAGCCAAUAAAGCAAAGAUAAAAAUGGAAGAGACACUGGGUGUAUAGCUAGAAUAACAAAUGUUUUUGAAAAAAUCAAAAACUUUUAAAGAAGAGUGAGCCAUUGUAGCCCCUCUCCCCACCUUCACAAAAGAUGUCUUAAUCACCCAUUAAGAAAUUGGAUGUAAACAAUGAUGUUUCAACUUAGAGAAGGACUAAUAUUUUCCUUUUACCGUACAGUCUCUGGAAAUCCUGGUGGCAUAGUGGUUAAGAGCUACAGGCUGCUAACCAAAGAGGUCGGCAGUUCGAAUCCACCAGGCGCUCCUUCGAAACCUUAUGGGGCAGUUCUACUCUGUCCUAUACAGGUUUUUCGUUUUUUGGGGGCACAGCCUCAGGCUAGUGAGUUUGCCCAAGCCAAACGGGGCAGAAUGCUCUUCAGGGUUCUUCCUGGGAGGAUGGAAGCCUUGUCACCCAGUUCCCAAAGGGGCAGCUCUAUCUUUUCCGAUCACUGAACUGCAGUUUCUGCUCUUAAAUGAGAUAGGAAGUAUUAGCCUUUAUCCGGUUGCCCCAGGCUUUUGUAACAGGAGAGUAAAUACAGAAUAGAUCAGACAAAAACUCGAUUAAGAGAACUCAACCAAACGAUUUGGAAAUGGAUUCUGUACUGUCUGUAAAGGAGGUUCAGUGUAAUACCAUUCCGGAGCUGAGAAAAGAUGGUGAGGGAGAGAGAUGAGCCGGAGAUUCUAUUCAACAGUCAAUAUGUCUAUUCCUCCCGAUCUGACUUCACACAUACGCAUAACCUUCCAGAUGAAACCCUGUGAUACAGUCCAUAUUUUCUGCAUUUUUGUGACUUUUCAAAAAGAAUCCUACAAGGCUUUUCCUGACACGUGUGAACACUGUGUUUCUGCAUUUGCUCCCCCAAGCAAUGUGGAGGUGUUUAAAAUGCCCUCUGCUGGCCACGCGAAGAUACUUCAACAAACACUUCAUGGCAAGUUUGGCUGAAACAGUUGACAACCAAGGGCCCCCUAUAGACUUACUAUAGUUUCAAAUGGGGUAAAAUAUUCAUCUUUUUUUUUUUUUGGACCACAUCAGAAGACAUUCUGCUUCAAGUCGGCUUCAGAAAUUUUUUAAAAGGGACUUUCUCUCUGGAACUCAGAAAAUCAAUUUAAGAGCCAUAUUAAAAAAAAAAAAAAAAAGCUAGAUUAUAUUACCUAUGAUAUUUCAAUCCUUCGCAAGCCAAAUAAAUAUGUAAAACGUUCCUAGUAGUUCACAGAAGCAAUUACAUAAAGUCAUCCAGUGUGAUAAAAUAGUAUUUUAAUUGGUUAAGUAGCUUAAUGAUUGGACAAACUAGAUGAAAAGAAUAGGGGCUCCUACAUUGCAUAGAUUACACACGUAACCACACAUAUAUGCAUACAGAUGUGGGGUACACUGAACCUCAAAGCCUAAAUGAAUAGAAACACAUUUUCUGGCUAGCAGAAAAAGAAACUUGUUUGUUUCCUGGCUUUAUUUGAGAGUGUACAGUAAAAGGGAUUUUUUUCAAAAUUAUUUUUAUAUUAUUUUAGCUUUAAUUGUGCUGUCAUUCAUGAAACAGAGCUGCUCUGCUUUUCUGUCAGAGAUGACAAGGGCUUUUUCAGCACCUCGUUUAUGUGUGGAAUUUAAAAAGAAAAAAGUUUUAUUCCAUUCUGUGUGAAUGGCUUGAACAAUGAACAAAGAGUCCAUGUAAACCAAGUCAUGGCUGGUAGAGCUGGGAGAAGGUGUGACAGGGAGCAGAGCUGCGACAUCUGUGUUAAAUUAUUGUGGACAAUUUGUGAUGACUUGACGUUGGCUCAUGGAUGAGAAACAGUUGAUGGUGGAAUGCACUAUUACUAUGGUAAAAACUGACAUGAGCUGAAAAGACCGGUCCCUCGAUAAAAAACAACUAAUAGAUUUGUAGGAUUCGAAUAAUGUUAUUUUGAGCUUUGAAAAUACAUGAUACUGUGCAAUAAGCCUUUUUUUCCUUAUACAGAAAGUGAGCCGAAUAAUUAAAAUGAGGAAAAGGCAAAAUAAUAGCUAACUGGAGUUUAAUUGAGGGACCAGUUAGAGGCUCAUCUGGUUGAUUUAAUUUAAUUAUUUAAUUCAGUGAUUUGUUAUUGAUCCUUUAAUGCAAGUUAGAAUAAGGCAAUGAGCAGAACCCUUAAAUAGAUCCCAAAUGAUGGUUCCAAAGCACCUCCAUCUUGGUAAUGAUUUUGUACUUGUGUUCACUUGUGAAAUUAUUUAGGAUUUUUGUUUACAGGUUGAAUGUGUAAUAAAUAGUUUUUAAAUUAGCUAAAUAUAUCUAAAAGCAUUUCUGAUGUUUAUCAUGGGAAGGAAAAAAAAAACACAUUUUAAAAAUCAAAAUUCUGGUAUUACGGUUUUAGUACCAUGUUUUUAAACAUCUCAGCUGCUUAAUUGUAUCAAGAUAUGAAGCUGGAUCACAAUCCCAUGGCAAAUCUGAAACCUACCAGAGAAUCGACUGCCACAUAGAUAAUCCUGCUGUCAGUUAACAUUCCAGAAAACUUGGGCAGGCAAGUUUUUAUAGCUGCCCCACUGUGCUGCAAUAGAUUAUCUCUCUAUUGAAGAUGUUCCACUGCAUUCCAGUCCCAGUAUGGUGAAAACAUCAUUCCUGAAUAAAAAUGAACCCUGAUUUCUUA